AUGACUAUUCAGGAACGUGUUCGUGAGCAGCUCAGUGAAAUGUCUCGUGCUCAUGAGAAUCAAAAUGGAGAAAGCAACAGUGACAGUGGUGCACCUCAAAAACGUCGACGAGGACGCCCUAAAAAGAAUAAAGAUGAGCAAAAAUCAACUCCGAGUAAUUCAACCACAUCUGGUGCUCGAAAAAGAAAAAGCAGAGCAAGGCACUCCAGCUCGGAGAGCACAGGAGAUUACAGUCCUGAUGAUGAUUUGGAGGACGAAGAGGAAGAAGAGGAGGAACAACAAGACGAUCCGGAUGAUCCGGAAUUCGAACCUCAUCGCAGGGUCAGCCGUAGACAGCGAAAGCCUGUGAAGACGUAUAAUCAAAAAGUGCUUUUCAAAGAGGAAAUGUCAAAGACAAGAGAAUCUUUCACAUCUGGGAGAGGACGUGGCCGUGGUCGACCUCGAGGAGCUGGCGGCAAGAGACGAUCUGAUCAUUCCUUGAUAGCCGAUUGGUCAGAGGGAGUUCCACUCGAUCGUAAGAGAAUGGUGGCUGGCUCCGACGUGAACGAAUAUGAACGUUUAGUUAAGGAGGAAAUAUCACUGUACGAGCAACACUUACCUAAACUCCCGCCAGUGGUUCCGGAUCCUAUGCAAAGGCUAUAUGUGGUCCGUGUAGAUGGCGUUGAAGCGCUGCAGCAUGCUGGUGCAGGCUUUCGAUUAAUGACCAGUUGUGUCACCGAUGAUAUGAUGGUUUCUUUAUUCCACGUGACCACGGAGGUACAUGAAAUAUGGGUGCCUGAAGAUUGGAAUAUGUUGCCGUUGAAAACUCGUCUGGCUUGGGAGGAUGCAGCUCGUAAACUUGCUUUGGCUGCAAAAACUGCCAAGGAGACCGAGGAAACAAGCGAAAAAGAGAAUGGAGAAAAACAUGAAGUACGGACCAUACACGAGAGGCAAUGCCUCUACGAGACCUCCCAUUUGGUAUGGAGAAACAUGCGGGAGAGGCUUCAUCCUCGCUACAUUCAGUUCACGAUUCUGCUAGGAAGAACCGCGAAAUUGAAAGUUCCUGCUGCUCUGCUCUAUCAAGCAAAUAUGGAAGACCAUUUUACGGACGUUCAGUCGCAUAUGAUUGCUGGUCAUUAUACUGCUAUAUUCUAUGGCUGUCAUUUUUGCGGUGCUCUAUUUCCUUCGGUGGAAGCCCUUUUGGCACAUACCGAUUGCACCCGAUGGACAGGGAUGCUGUUGAGUCAAAUGGUCAAGGAUGGAGGAAAGCAAAUACGCAAGGUUCAUAUGAAGGUCGCCUACAUGUUUCUUGUUUGUUCCGAUUGUGGUCUCUGGCUCCCCAUUAGGGUGAACUAUGCCGCAGAACGACUGCCUAAAGCAUGGAGCUUUUUUGCCACGGUUAUGGAAAAUCACACUUGUAAAAAAUUGGUGCCUUUGUUGAUAUACAUGGCGGAGCUAAUGGACGUGCCCUCGAGAGACGCUCGCGUUGUGAUUCAAUUUGUUCCCUCAUUUCUGAAAAACUUCCCUUAUACUUGCGAAGAAUGCAAGAUUGAUGCGUUUUCUUCACCAGAUGAAAUGGAUGUGCACUUCCAAGAGGUGCAUCACAUCAAGUACAAAUGCACUAAGUGUGGAGAGUGCAGUGGCACGGAAUUGUACCACAAGGCGCAUUUGUCAACUCAUCUAUCUGAUUCGCUCCUGCUUGCUGACUACCUCCGCACAACGUGCACGUUCCAUCCUCCACCUCAUUGUAGAGAUGCUCCGGAGGUUGUGGGAUCCGAUCAGCGAACUCCAGCCAGCGGUGGAUCGACGACGACCCAUACUCCCUUGUUGUUGGAGCACGAUCUU